AUGGAAACCGGCGUACUGCCUGAUAUAUUGAACCUGACAUGGCAGGAAAACCAGACCAUUGACGGUAAUGUUUCAUACCAUACCGGUUUCGCUCCCGUGAUACGAUUGCCGUUAACGAGCCUAGUCAUAACAACUGUUUCGUUUGUGAUAAUUUUCAUCUUCGGUAUUGCCGGUAAUGGGCUUGUUUGCAUAGUGGUGUGGAAAAAUACGGACAUGAGAGCGUCAACCAACUUCUUUCUGGUCAAUCUUAGCAUCGCCGAUCUCAUGGUAAUCGUAAUAUGCAUGCCGGUUGCGCUGCUCGAGACUUAUGUAUACAGACCGUGGUUUCUCGGCGAGACAAUGUGUAAACUGGUGCCAUUUUUGGAGCAUUCCACAGAACACGCCUCCGUCUUAACUUUGGUGGCCAUUGCUAUGGAACGUUACGUGGCGAUAUGUCACCCGUUAAAAGCGCAGUAUACGUGCACUUCAGAAAGGACUUUGAAAAUUUGUGUUUGCAUUUGGAUGGUUUCCACGGCAGCAAGUAUACCUUUUUUAUUGCUGGCAAAAUACGAGCCCUACCUGGAGUCAGACGGCAGUACUGAAUACUCAUGCGGCACUUACAUUACAGGGAUUGUCUCGCAGGUCUAUAUCCUUGUAUUAACAGGUAUAUUUUUCUUCAUUCCCAUGGUUUUCAUGGGUUGUUUAUAUGGGAAAAUCGCCACACGACUUCGAUAUAACCCGCCACCUCUUCACCAGGUAACUGACCGAACAGUAUACGCCAACGGAAAGUGCACAAGCCGGCGCAUUCGAUUCGAGAAAAAUGAGGACGCCAUGCGCACUUUGAAGCUAAUGGCUAUUAUACGCAGGUCGUCUACCGGCGAACAGCGUUCCGUCUCUGACGAUGACGGCAUGAGAGACUCGUCAAAUGUCCGUGCCCGGAAAAGGGCAGUGUAUAUGCUUUCUGCCGUAGUGACGCUGUUCUUCGUCUGUCUACUACCACAGCGAGUGGUGUCACUUUGGCUAAUUUUUUGGAACAAUCAAAUGUCUCUUGGUAUAACUGGUCUGUUAAGUUUAAUAACACUUUGUCGUGUUAUGUUUUACUUGAACUCAGCAAUAAAUCCCGUCAUUUACAACAUAAUGUCCUCCAAAUUCAAAAUGGCGUUUCUAAGUGCUCUUGGAUUCAAGCGACGACCUUUGCAGAAAAUCCGAAGAGGACCGACAUUUACAUCGAUAUCGCGUGUAACUGGACUCAGUGGUAGUUUGAAACACACUUCCCACGCCACAAAAUGUUAA